CCGCGGCCGUACUUGGGAAGACGAGGUGGGAAGGAAGGGAGCGCCUUCCUCAGAGCGGACGCGGCCCUGCCUGGGACCAGUGACGCCUCCUCUCCUGUCCCCGCCCCCAUUGUGGGACGCUUGUUGUAGUCGGUCACCCUUAGCAACCUAUAGUUCCGGUAGAGGGGGUGGAGUUUUCCUCCGCUUUCCUCGUUUCCCCAGCCUGGGGGAUCCCACACUCCAACCUCCCACCCCGCUACCGGGUCUUUGACACACUUUGACCCUGGAGCCAGGAGGUCGGGCCUUGCGUUGUUAAUUCGUCCGCUGUUCUCGUUUCUGAAAGCGCCGAGCUGCGCGUGCGCGCUGUCCUUGCGCCCGGUUCCUCGGACCCCCCUCGGCGGUGAUGGUUGUUCUCCACGUGAAGCGGGGCGACGAGAGCCAGUUUCUGCUGCAGGCGCCCGGGAGCACCCCGAUAGAGGAGCUCACCCUGCAGGUCACCAGGAUCUACAAUGGGCGGCUCAAGGUGGAGCGCCUCUGUUCAGGGACUAACGGACGAACAAAUUGAGGACCUGAAAUUGAAGGAUGAAUGGGCUGAAAAGUGUGUGCCAAGUGGGGGCUCAGUGUUCAAGAAGGACGAAAUCGGACGAAGGAAUGGGCAUGCUCCAAAUGAAAAAAUGAUGCAAGUUUUGAAGAAGACUGUAGAAGAAGCUAAAGCAUUAAUAUCUAAGAAACAAGUGCAAGCUAAUGUAUGUGUUACUAUGGAGAUGGUGAAAGAUGCACUGGACCAGCUUCGAGGAGCCGUAAUGAUUGUUUAUCCAAUGGGAUUGCCACCAUAUGAUCCAGUUAGAAUGGAGUUUGAGAAUAAAGAAGAUUUGGCAGGAACUCAGGCUGGGCUUCAGAUCAUUAAUGAAUCAGAGGCACAAAUGUGGUGGGCAGCAAAGGAGUUAAAAAGAACUCAGAAACUUUCAGACUAUGUGGGGAAAAAUGAGAAAACCAAAAUCAUUGUCAAACUUCAGCAAAAAGGUCAAGGAGCUCCGGCCCGGGAGCCUGUGAUAAGCAAUGAAGAACAGAAGCAGAUGAUGCUGUAUUAUUACAAAAGGCAGGAGGAGCUCAAGAAAUUGGAAGAAAAUGAUGAUGACUCCUGUCUAGAUUCUACAUGGGCAGACAACACUGCUUUAAAGAAACAUUUUCAUGGUGUAAAAGACAUAAAGUGGAGACCAAGAUGAAAUUCCAUAUUGAGCUGAUGUUAUUUUAGAAAAUUAACUGGCCUUUCACUGUUAGUAAUAGCUUUGUGACAGAAAUUUAGAUUUCAAAUUGUUUAGCUUAGAGUUUAAACUAUGAAUUAUUAAAAAUUUUUAUGAAUAA